CCAUACAACAGCUUCUUUUCGAAGCCAUCAUCCUCACAAACUCAUCACACCCAAAACUCUACAUCUAUGUCAUCUCGAUCCCCUCGUGGGCGCUCGCCCAUUCGGUCUCCCCUUCGAAUGCGGUCUCGAUCCUUGCGACAAUCUAGAUCCCCCCGCAACGACUCACGCUCACGAAGUAUUACGCGGUCGCCCUCUCGAGGCCGAACUCGAUCUCGCAGUCACAGUCGAGACAGCCGGAAUUACCGGGGUCGCAGCUACAGCCGAACCCCCAGUCGAACUCCAAGUCCUCCAAAAAGUGCUAAAAUCGUGAUUGAAAAGCUGACCAAGAAUGUCACGGAGAAUCAUUUGCGCGAAAUUUUUGGCAGUUUUGGAGAAAUUGAAAACAUCGACCUCCCCAUGAACCGAGCUUUCAUGACAAACAAAGGCACCGCGUACAUUUUGUAUUACGACCCUGCAGAUGCCGAGGCGGCCAUUGCGCAUAUGCACGAAGCUCAACUUGAUGGCGCUAUCUUGAACGUUUCUAUCAUCCUUCCUCGGCGGGCAUUUUCUCGGUCUCCUCCACCUGCUGCGAAUCGUGGCCAGGGUGGACGUUUCGGAUUCCGAAACGGAUCAUAUGCGAAGUCACCACCGAGGAGACAUGCUCGUGCUCGUCCUGGCGAACGUCACGAUGUUUAUCGACCCCCGUCUUUGUCGCGGUCCAGAUCUCCUAUUCGAUCACGGUCGUACUCCCGCUCGCGUUCUCCAGUGCGUAAAGGGGGUUAUCGCUCGAAAAGUCCACGAAACCGCCGGCGGCGUAGCCCCAGCUACGGUAGUUAUGACUACAGCCGCAGUCCGACACCCAACAGAGGCCGAAGUCGGAAUUGA